AUGGGGGAUCUGGAUUCUUUUCAUCGAUUCGACGAAAUGAUCUUUCAUCUCACAGGCCUUACUUCAUUGGAACUGAAGUGUCAUUCGAUAUCGAACAUCCGUACUUUGGAAUUGGAUCGUAUCUUAGAAACUCUCCCAAAUCUGACUUAUUUAUUAGUAGGUAGUCCGAUGCUAGAUUCAACAAAACCUAUGUACAAAUUACGAUCAUUUGGCUUUGAGCCUAGGCUCUUCUCGAUCGUAAAACCAUCCUCAGGCCAACUCUUCCAAAAACUCGGCGAUUUGGUCUCUAUGGCUAUCAAUGGGCCUGAUUUCUCUACUCCUCCCUCAGCAACCAAAAGGAUAAGCCUUCAAGGUUUAGGAGAGUCGUUACGGCGAUGCUGCCCAAAGCUUGAGAAGAUCAUGACAACAGAAAAGGUGCCACUUUAUUUUUAUAUUUUGCCAGCAUCUGUUUCUGAAUCACAUCUCAUACUCCGUGGCAAGGAUGUAACAGAGCAGCAAGCUCUGGAAGACCUACAACGAGAGCAAUUUGAGGAAGCUAUAGAGGUAUUUUCUAAUCUGACUCAUUACAUUGCCAACUCCUGGUCCUAUAUGGCAGCAGAAGACCUUCGUUGUCUGGGCGUAAAAGCCUGCUAUCUGACGCAUGUAGAGCUCGGUGCUGACCCUCCAUCCUCAGGAUACUCCAAUAUCUAUUCUAAUCUUGAUUUUCAUCAGCAAGAUAUUGACGGUGCACAGAAGCGACAUGCAAUUGCUAGCUUGGAUCUACAGUUGUUUUUAGAAACAUGUAAACAUCUGAAGCAUUUCGAUGCUAGAGGGCCCACUAUUCACCUCGAAUACAUGACUCCAUUUGGUCGGGAGCUUUCCAGGCUUUACUAUCAGCCAUCCAAGCGCCAUGGCGGACGCCAGCCUGUUAUCCGUUCAGCAAAGCCCUGGGCAUGUGAGGAUACUUUGGAGACAUUGUCUAUUGGAUUUGGGAUUAUUUCAUGUUGUCCUUCAGACCAUAGGAUCGUGUUUGAACAGCUUGGAAGGUGUAGACGCCUAAGGUCGUUGACAAUACGGUGGUCGACCUUGAUCCCCACACUAACUCAUGGGGUAGAUCUAUUGGCAGAUCUGGCGGGGUCACUUGAAGAGAUUGUACUGACACACCAGUCGAAGUGGGUAUGUGAUGACCGAGCAACGCUGGAAUGGAUGGUAACGCACCUGAGUAAGUUGCAUAAAUUGGAAAUGCCUUUGCGUCGUGGCUCCUUUCUAGCAGAAAAGGUGAAAGCACGUUUGAGCAGUGCAGGCGCUGCAGGGAUUCUGCAUGUAACGUAG